AUGGCGACUCCAACAUCUGCAGCAGCGGAUCGGUUUCGCCUCUUGGUAGAAUCAUUGCCAGACGAAGAGCGAGAACUCUUCGGAUCAUGUAGCAAUGCAGAUAAACUGCUUAACAAUAUUGAAACCCUGGAAAGCAAAAACCGCAACAAAGGCAAGGACUGGCGGCGCUACAUGGAGCUCACUGAGACAUUUAUCGAAGCCGUACAGCCCAUGUUCAAAGUCUUGGACACAUUUAAUUUGGUCGAUCCCACGCAGGUUGCAUCACUAUGGGGAGGAGUGCGGAUUGUACUCCAGGUUACGAUGAAUUUUGUCAGCUUCUACGGCAAAAUAGCCACGUCGCUGCGUGAAAUAUCCCACAUGGUCCUGUUUUUCAAAGAAGUAAAGGUGAAUAACCUAGUAUUGGAGUCAGAAACCCUCAAAUGCCUUCUAGAGAGCACCUUUGCCGAGAUUAUCGACUUCCUGGCCGGUAUAGUUGGGCUAUUUUACACAGGCCAGGGCAAAGCGAAAAGCCGACUUUGCAUUUAUAGCGGCGCAGCUCUCAAGCCCUUUCGCUACGACCAGGUUUUGACCCAGCUGAAGGAGUACAGAUCUGCAGUAACUUCGGAGCUCAUCCGCAUCCAAGCGCUCGAGAUACAUAGUUUUAGUCUCUCUGGAACGCAAAUGCAGCGAAAAUUUGAGAAUGAAAGCAAUGAAGCCAUGUUGCAGAGGUUCAAGCGGUGGCUUGCUCCAACCACUUACACUUCUCGUUAUGAGGAUGCACAAAGUCUGCGCACGCCCAGCACUUCCCAGUGGAUCUUUGACGAUCCAGCUUACAAAAAGUGGCUAUCUGUACAAGAUGAAUCAGCUUUGCUUUGGAUUCAUGCUGCCACUCUUGUCGAGCAUCUCAAAGACGUGGAUGCAAAUACAUUCUACUUCUUCUUCGACUCUCUUCAAUCAUCGUCCAAGGCAAGUUUGGAUGCAUACGCUGCGAUCCUGUCGCAAAUUCUUCACAAGAAUCCAUCGAAUUCGCAAAUUUUGGAUCUCAUCAACUUCGCAAUACACUUUGCCACGGAUGGCCAGCCAAGGGCAACGGUCAAAGAAGCGGCCGAUCUUCUUGAGCUCUGUCUUCAGCUCACUGAGUUUGAGGGUAUGACGCUAGUUUUGGAUGGUCUCGAUGAAUGUGCAGACGCGCCAAAGGAAUUGAUACCAUUAAUAAGAAGGAUUAGCUCACAGAACAAAACCCGUCUAAUACUACUGGGCCGCUCAACUGUACGUGGCUACCUCAAAGGCAUAUCUUCCGUUGAAGAUUUACCAAUUGGCGACUCUAAUUUCCACGACAUACGAGCCUAUAUAAAAGAUGAACUUGAGGCUUGUAUCAACGAUGAUUUACUGCCCAAGGAACUUGACAUCGAAGCAACGGCAGAAAAGUUGAGCCGCCGAGCAGAUGCCAUGUUUCUCUGGGCGCGCUUGAUGAUGGCAUAUUUGGCCUUGCCUAGUUUAUUAAUGUCUGAGAGGAUGGAGGCAAUCCGAGAGGUAGAUAUGCCAGAAGGCCUUGAGAUUAUGUAUGAGCGGAUUCUGGUACAGAUAUACAAGGCAAGCAAAACAUCUUUUAAGCUUGCCGCUCACGUAUUCACAUAUCUACUCUACGGUAAUCGUGAGCUAAAGGAAAGAGAACUGGAAGAUUCCGUCGUUUCGCGCAAACGAGGCGGUAUUGAUGAGCCAUCUAGAAGUUUUCCCAAUUUUGUCGAUACCAUAUUGUUAGUUUGCGGUGGUUUCGUGGAGAAAUCAAAGCGAGGCAGCUUCCGCUUCGUUCACGCUUCCGUCUACGACUACUUCGAGGCAGAGCCUCAGAGAAGAACAAGAGGGUGCAGUCAGUUCCAGGAUCCGAUUCUCGUCUCGACUCGUGUGGCGGCGAAUCUACGUAUAGCGACACAGUGCCUCGAGUAUGUCAACUAUGCUCUACCUGAGAAAAGACUCGUUCCGCUCGAAACAGCAAGAUCUCAGCUUGAGAAACAAUUCCCACUUGGUGAAUACGCUACCUCUAACUGGUGCACACACAUGAUUGCGACGAAUGGUACCAUGAUCGAAGUACAGAACGCUUAUAAAGAAGCGCCUGAUGCUUACGGUGACUUUAUCUUGGCGCUAUGCCAGCUUCUGUCUCGGCCUCCAACUGUAUCUGCAUGGAUCCAGAGCUGCUAUUCGUUCCACCAGGAGCCACCAUAUCUGUGUUUGAUGGAAUGGGUAGCACAAUCCUCUUUACCUGGUUUCCCAUGGCGCCAGUAUUCGCCUCGAAUCGAUGAUAUUAUUCCCGACACUCGAAACUUGGCUCAAUAUCUCAACCGGGUUAUUAUAGAUUGGAGCGUCCACUUACAUGAAGAUCCAAGUUGCAUAUUUGACGAGGUUGCGGCCUUUAUAAAUUCUGAGUAUACGACUAGGCCGUCGGAUAUCAUUGUGAAGAAGCUUACCUCAGCUACUACUCCAGCACCCAAUGUUUCUAGUGAACCGCUUCACAGAAUUUCCAAGAUGAUGCCCGAUGGAAAGAAAGACUAUGUGCUAAGCAUCUAUCCAUCAAUUGCAUAUCUGAAGUGGAGCCGGCAUCUUGAUUGGGAUUCUGAUUUUUCUGAAAUCGAGCUGUAUUCGCAGGGCUGGAUCGCACAACUCGAAAUUUUCGACAUCGACAAAAGCUACGACGAGGCCAUUGCAUGCUUAGAGAUGAACAUUGAUGCGAAGGAGGUGUUUUUGCAGUUUACCCAGUCACUAAUGUGUUCCCCAUCCGGGGCCGUCAUACAGUUUCCCAUUUCUCUGAGUGGUGACGGUCGGGCAUUUACCAUAUUGAGAACAGUCUAUAGUCUCAAAGAGACCCCAGACGGACUAGGCGUUGCUUCACAUGCACUGGCUUUGAACGCAUCCCAUAAAUUUUGGCAGCCAAAGAUAUUAUCGACGUGGAAGCCUCAUGCCAAAAUUUUAUACCUUUACUGGAUCUAUUUUGACAAUCAGGGGCAGUACCUCUGUUUUGUGGAGCAGUUUCUCGACAGUGAUUUGACUGUCAGCGCAUUCAGGCACAAUCGUAUACAAAGUGUCGAUACAGCCCCCAAGUUCAUAGCCAAGGUCUCGAUUCCAUUAGGGAGAGGCCUCGUCGAAGGCUACCCGGGUAGGAACCGCAAAGAAUUCAAGUUGGCGUUUCAUCCAUUUGUGGGCGCAAUAGUCGUGGCCGGCUGCAAAUACUCGGCUUUCCUCUGGAACUUUGACAACCGUCGACCACUUCAUCCGCUAAACAGUGACUCGGGCGGAGAGUUGGAGAUGUUAUCUUUUACUUCCGAUGGCAAGUCUGUUGUAUGGAAAAGGAGCGGCAACUUGCCAUUCGCCAUUAGCGUGGAAUCGAAGCUACUGCCAAAGCCCCAUCAACCGGGGAACCUGUUUGGUCUAUCAUCCAAAUCAUCUACCUCGUCUCUGGUGAUAUCGCGAAAAGCUACGAAUAGGGUAAAUUUGACCCCAAGAAGGACACCAAAUGAGAAAAAGAAUGGCGGCCAUAAGUCUAGACUGUUGCAACCUCCCUCGCCAGGCUCUUCACACGCUGCUACGUUUCGUGCUGGCGCCGGUGGUGCCAUCCGUCCGUACGGCAGUGGGACUCUCACGAAUGAGGCCGGCAAAGACGAGAAAGAUGUGUUUUUAAUGGUAUCUGGCAAAAAGGUCAUUACUUCACGAGUCCCUUCAUCUAAAAGCAAUGAAAACGCUGGCACAACCAAUGAAAACAACCACGAGAAGCAGCUCGAGCUGCGGAACAACCAGAACUUGAUACUAACACGCAUUCCAAAUUUAACCUUCAAAGCCGCCACUCCUACUAUUGUAUUCCCCAGAGAAGAGGGCGAUCCAGUCCGCAUUGUGUUGGAUAAAGAUUCUACGAUUGCUAAUCGGGUAAAUCCAAGUCAAGGCUCCAGCAGUGCUAGUGGCAAUCUACUGUCGCAUCAAAACAGCCCUGUGAUUGUUGAAAGACAGUUCAGGUCAAUCCAGAGACAAAAUCAGUAUGGCACACAGAAACCUUUGCUUCUAUCCUUACCAGAGCAACCAGAGAACGACGUCGCGCAACUUGAUGAAGAUGCCGAAGCAAACACAGUGGAGACUACAGAAAGGGAUAAAAAUACAUUAGCCACAUAUGAUACAGCCGUAAUAACCGGAUCGCCGCCCGCGGAAGUUAAUGAAUGCACGGUUUUAAGCGUACCGUUAGCCCCUAAUCCUACAACAUCGACUACGGAGAGCUCACACGACAAUGCCGGCCCUACGAAAGAGAAGAGUCUUCGAAAGAAGCUUUUUGGAACCUUGCCGAGUUUGCUCAGAAGAAAGAAAAAGAAAUAA